CCCACGGGCCACCUUGAGUCUUUUCCCCGCCGAGGAAAUGCCGGGGCGGCAGAAGCCUGGGGCCCUGCAGCUUGAAGCACCCACUUGACCUCACCUUGAAGGAGGCGGACAGUCUUCGAAUCACGAUAUCUAUUGCGUGAAGCAAUGGAUAAUUCCCAACCGCCAUGAUGAUCAAAUCCCAUCUAACCCCUGUUCUUCGGCUUCGAACCCUCCCCUCCACCUCCCCAGUGGUCAAUCUACGUGCCCUUCAACCUCGCCAUUACGCAACCCACCACCAAACUUCGUCCUCCAAAUCUGAACCAGAAGUUAAACGCCGCUCCGUCACGCCCUUCAACGACACUGGCUCUGUCCCAUGGUCCUCCCUUUCGAUCCUUGAAAAGGGUGCUCGUGCCAGCCAGCAAACUUUCAACUUCGGCCUCGUUAUCCUCGGUUUGACCCUCACCUCUGGCGUGCUCUACGUGCUCUACACCGAGGUCUUCUCGCCCUCCUCCCGAACAGCCUACUUCAACCGCGCCGUUGACCGUAUAAAGGCUGAUCCGCGCUUGAUUGGGCUCCUGGGAGAUGGCAAAAAAAUCGAGGCAUUCGGAGAGGAGACCGGCAACAAGUGGCGGAGGGCGAGGCCGAUCGCCUCGAGUGAAGUGACGGAUCGGAAUGGGGUUCAGCAUAUGUACAUCAACUUCAACCUCAAGGGACCGAAAGGUACUGGCACGGCUUUUGUACACCUUUUCAAGCCGGUUGGAGGGAAACAGUGGGAGUACAGGUACUUUUAUGUUGAUGUAAAAGGCCAACAGAGGAUCUACCUGGAGAACGCAGAGGCUGCCGCCGCACUGGCUGCGAAGGAGAGGUCCAAGACCGAUGGGAUCAAGUUUCUCGGUAUCAGGUGGUGAAGUCAUCGCCAGGUGCGAGAGCGGUGUAUGAUAAAGGUAUGUGUGUACAAUAUCAGUUGGCUGUGAUGGAAUUUCAGGGAAACUAUGAUCAAGGCGUUUUGAAUUUCGACAAAGCUUAGGAAGAGAAGCAUAUUAUCAAAAGGAUCUCACAUAUACCCAUCAAACCAUAUUUUAGCCGUCUAAACUGUUGGCCAAAGUAGCCG